AUGGAUCCAAUUACCAAAACGUUAUUGAAAAAGUCGUUGAUUUGGGGAGGAGGAAUAAUUGGAUUAGGAGUUGUUUUAUUCAAGUUUACUACGCCAAGUCCGGAACAGAUGCUUGCCCAGAUGUCACCCGAGCUAAGGGCGGAUGUUGAGAAGAAUCGAGAGCUUCGAAUGAAAGAGCAAGAAGAGUUGAUUAAAGUAGUUAAAAGGACGUCAGCUUCGAACGAUCCGAUCUGGAAGACUGGCGAUAUUCAGUCUCCUUGGGACCCGGAUUUUAAGAAGACUUCGGAGUCGAUGUUGGUAAAGAAGCAAGCUAUAGAGAAGGCCAGAGCGGAAGAGAAGACUAAGCUUGAACUAGAAAGCAUGAAGGAGGAAGCGAAGAGGAGGGAGGGGAUGGAGAAGGAGGGGAUGAAGAAGGCGAGUGGUGGUAGCAAGUGGUGGUGGUAG